GGCACUUUGUCAAAAUGGCGGCUCUCUUUGGUCACGGAAAUCCACUUACAACUCAAGUUGGACAGUUAAUAGAGAGAGCCACAGAUGGGUCCCAGGCUUCAGAGAACUGGGGUCUGUUUAUGGAAGUGUGUGACAUCAUCAAUGAGACAGACGAAGGCCCCAAAGACGCCAUCAAGGCUAUCAGAAAGAGGCUGUCGCAGAAUGUGGGAAAAAACUACACCGCCGUUAUGUACACACUCACGCAACUGGAGACCUGUGUGAAGAACUGUGGCAAGCGCUUCCAUCUGCAGGUGGCCAACAAAGACUUUCUCCAUGAACUCAUCAAAAUAAUUGGUCCUAAAAAUGACCCCCCACAGGCAGUGCAAGAGAAGGUGCUGAGUCUCAUACAGACGUGGGCGGAUGCGUUCCGGGGAGCGCCAGACCUGAAGGAGGUGGAGAAGGUGUACAGUGAGCUCAAGUCCAAGGGCAUCGAGUUCCCCAUGACAGACCUCGACCACAUGGCGCCCAUAUACACACCAGCACGGAGCGUCCCCGAAACAGAACAGACAGCUCUCAACAGACACCGGGGUAGCUCGGCCCGAUCCACGUCGGUGCGGAGCCCCCAGCAACCGCAGCAGCCCCCUCCACCACAGCUGCAGCAGUCUGUCCCUGGACCCCAGUUUGUAGGCGGGGCACCCACACCCAUCCAGCCAAACCAGGAGCAGCAAGGCAAGCUUCGCCGCGAGCUGGAGGUGGUAUCGGGCAACAUCCGGGUCAUGUCGGAGAUGCUGACGGAACUGACACCCACCAGCUGUGACCCAUCUGACCUUGAACUUCUGCAGGAGCUGCACCGUACCAACAGACAGAUGCAGUCUCGGCUGGUGGACCUCCUGAACCACGUGGCCACGGAGGAUGUUACAAAUGAAUUGUUGAGAGUGAACGAUGACAUGAACAACGUAUUCCUGCGGUAUGAGCGGUUUGAGAGAUACCGUACCGGGCAGGCUGGCACUCCGGACCAGGCCCCAGCGGAGACGGUACCAUCGUCAGUGCCACCGGCCAGCGAUGACCACCUGCCUCCCUCUUAUGACCAGGUUGUGUCGGCGCCAGAGCCUUUGGUCCAGGCAUCCAACAACCCCACCGUAGGAAACCUGAUCGACUUGGGUGGCGCUGAACGGGCAGCCACAAGCACCUCCGAUGUCAACGUCCAGAUGGCUGGCAUGAACAUGGGCAGUAGCAAUGGUGCUCCUGCUUACAACUCUGGGGUACCCCCCACCAACACUGGAGCCCCUGCCACCAACACUGGAGCCCCUGCCACCAACACUGGAGCCCCUGCCACCAACUCCGCCGCCUUCAGCGAUGACUUCGACAUGUUUGCUCAGUCACGUCAGUCAUUUGAAGAGAACAAACAGGCACCCAGUUCUGGAGCGUACACCAACCAGCAGGAGGACCAGGCAGGAGUGGGACUCGGCCAGGCCGUCACAGCCAGGACCCAGCAGGAAAUACUGGAUCUUCAGGACAAGGAGACUGACUACGAUGAGAUGGAACAGUGGCUUGCCACGCAGAAACCCCAGGGCGCGGGAGGGGUGACAGACCCAGUUUCCAGUUCAGACGACAGAGAGUAUCCUGGGUUGAGCCCUGACUUUGACAAGUUUCUCGCGGACAGAGCCUCUGCGGCCACGGAUGUGCCGAGUAUCUCCGCGGCGACAGGUCAACAACAGUCCCGUGCUGCUCCCAGGAGUAAUCGACAGUUGCAGAAGGAAGAGGAGGACAACCCAUUAUUUGCAUUAUGAAAACACAACUUUGUCCGUUACUGUUAACAUGUACCCUUGGUCGGUCACUACACUGAAUCAGACACAAAUGUUUAGGUCAUUAAAAAAACUAACUGCUAGAUGUUUAACCUAUCUGGAUGCUGUGAAUCUCCCGUUAGUAUUGUUGGUCUGUAAGGUAGCCCAACGGUUAGUGUGUCCACUUGCCACGCACCCAAGACCAGGUUCUUUUCUUUGUGAGUUAGUUUGUGAUGCCUACAUUUUUCGGCUGUACUUUGGAGCAAGAUCGCUAAGAUGAGUAUGAAACCCUUCAUCACAUACAUACUUUGAUAUUGUUUAUUGGCUGAAUUAUUUUUUCUUUCAAAAUAAAUUCUUUAGUUAUUUGUUUGAAGAUGAUAACAAAGCAGUAAGGCUCUUGGUCUAGGUGUUACACUUGAACAAAGAAAGUUAGUGUAUGUAGUUUGUAGAUUUGUAGAAUGUGAAAUUUAUUUGGACAUACCAAGUAUGUCCAACUCAAGGACACCGGACAGUCUAGAGGAUAUCUAGCGCAUCUGUUGGGAGAAUGUUAACAUUGUGUUGUGAUUUUUUGUUGGGAGGUGUUCAUGCAUUGUUACAUGUUGACUUCGACAUUGCAAAGAAAUUUUAAUACUGCAAACAGAAUAUUUUUAUGCCAGAAUCUGAAUUUGCCAUAGAUUGGAUCAAGAGCUAAAUUACCAAAUCAGAAUAAAUCUGAUUGUAUGACAUUGUGUAAUAUAUGUGUUAAGUCCCCCUAUUGAUGAGUUUAACUAUAACAUAGUUUCAACAUGUAAAUAUUGAAAUCUGCAUCCUUGAAAUAUCUGCAAUGUUUUGUUGUGACAUCUAUCUUAUAUUGUGCGUGUAUUUGAUUAACACAUCUCCUCUCACUAUUCAAUCUGUAUUUAUUAUCGUUCAGCUUGUCACAAAAUGAAAUAAUGAAGUGAUGUUCAUCCUCACCUCAUCACACUGGGAUCUACGAUAAAUCACAUGCUUGAUGUCAAGAAACUUUGUAAUCAGAUGCAGGAUUGAGAUUUGACAGCAAACAAACAGCCUGAAUAUUCCAACCAGGAAGAUGUAUGAUUAUUAAGAGUUAUGAUAUAUAAUAUAUCUCCUAAAGAGGGGAUCUUCCCAUUUUGCAUCUGACAUCUUAAGAAGGCGUUGAAUGGUUUUUAAAAAAUAUGUGAAAUAUAUCCCAAAACGUCAUGUUCAGAUAUGUUUAAGUUGUAGUGCAGUAAUGAUCUUAAGCAAAAAACAUUAAGCUCUGGAGACUCUCCCUGAAGAAAUAAGUUUUGAAAGAGUGAAGUCCAACCCACUUCCAUGGGUGAUUUAGACACACUCAUCGAGGAAAUUAUAAGAUGGCUUUAGUUUGACUUUGUUUUGUUUUCUACGUCAAAUCUUCCCUCUUUCUCAUAUAAUUUUUAUGAUUGAUUAAGAUUUGUCAAUGUUGCUGAAGGGAUUACUUUAAAUUUCAGAUGUAAUUUUGAAUUUGACAUGUUAGGGAGAAAUCAAGAACAUUUUUUUAAUUGCUUGACCAAGAAUGAAAACAUAUGAUUCAGAAUAGUUUGCCAAUGCAACAAAUAGUCAAUGAUUUUGCUUCAGAUUCACUAACUGAACCAGCCCCAAAGAUGACUUGAGUAUUGACACUGCUGCACUGUAUAUUCAAAGAAGUACAGAUGAGUUGAAAGUGUGCUUUGGUUGAUCUGUCUACAGAAAUUACCCUAGGAAAAUGCAUACCUGAAGUCAGUUAAUGCAUGAUCAAACUGAAAUACUGUUUAAACACCAAUCCUCCAAUCAGCGAUCAAUCAGUCAAGUCCCAUUAAGUGCAAGAAGAAGAUCACAAGCAAAACUGUUCUCAUAACCUUUUCCAAUAUGUGUUUUAGGUACAUCUUAUAACAUGGGGAUACAGGUUACCAUGUGGUGUGAGGCUCCACAAUUCACAGUUAUGUCCCUUGGCCAUGUCAGGAUCUGCUAGUACUGCAUGGGAUCAGAUCCUAGAUUCUCCCCAAUUCUGAGCCUGUUCCUGUCAGUACCAUGCCGAUAUGUGCACCAGUAUGGUCAGUUGGAAAAAACCUUGUACAGUAGAUCCCCACUCUCUUACAAAGGUAUGAGACAAACAAUGUUUUAACCCUGAAAAUCCUUUAAGACAUACAAUGUGACGUCAGUGAAGACAGUAUGUUGUCGUAUUUAGGAUAUUUGUAUAUAUAUGUCUAAACCACUAUCACACUGCUGGUGGUUAUCUUGCCAAAUAGUUCUUUGGUAGAUUUGCAGGAAAUUGAAGUCCAAAAUAUUUUUAUAAACUAUUUCAGAUGGGCAGAAAAUAUUUCUUAUAUUUCCAAAGUAGCCAAUACUCUCCGACUUUUCAUUUAAUGAUUUUGAAGAUUUUGUCUUGUUUAAUAAUGGUACAUACUCUACAUGUCAUGUUGAAAAUAUCUUUUUUUUAUUUUGUACCAUUAAACUAUUGUUUGAUUUUGAUUUUGUUGCAAUAUAUUUUACUCUUUUGGUUCUUUAGAGGGGAUAAUUCUUUGGACUAAGAUUUAUUAACCGAAUAAGUAAUAGUUCGAAAUAAUAUUGAAAAUUUGCUGAAUAGAAUUGCUCCAUUAUCUAAAACAAAGAAAUUAUAUUUUGACUAACCAUUAUAUUCCUUGAUAUUGCGAUCAGGCAGAUAGCAGACUUCUGAUUGUCUCCCUUUGAUUAGCGUCUGAACAUUUUGUUACCAUUCUGUGAAUAAAAUGUCAAAGCCAGGGUAUAUCAGUCUUGAUUAGAUCCAAUUGGGCAUAAAAGGAGUGUUUGAAAUAAUUUUAUAACCCCACAAGACAUUUCAGGCAGGUGACCCAUAAAUGUUGCCUGCCCAUCUGCAUUACCUGCCUGAAUUUAUACAAUAUUAAAUUUAAAUGUAUCCUUGCGUACUGUGUUUUCGAGCACUACAAAGAAUUACUGAUUAUGUGUCUUCAUAUCAGUCCCAAUACACUAAAAUUAAGACUAGAUUGACCAAUGAAAGCGUAGUUACUUCCUUUCAUUCACCGUAAAUAUUGAUUGCAGACAACAGUAUGAAACAAAUCACCUCUUGAUUCAGUUGAAAUAAUGCAAACAAUUACUUGAGAAUCUAAAAGGAGUUAUGAUCAAACUGAGUACGUUAGUUUGCAUAAAAUAACCUGCCAGCUAGUCGGGCAGGUGAAGGGAAAUUUCAUGCAGCCUGGCAGAAAAGUCACCAGCCGUGGGCAGGCGAAUAUUUCAGACACUGCAAAACAUUAUAUGAUUGGAUCAUAUUGGAACACCAGGUGUUCGUGAAAAGGGUAAGCAUGUCUUGCCCUACCAUUAGCAUGUGCAACUCAACUUUCUGUGACCGUGACCAUUCAAUUCCUGUUAUUUAGAGAUAGCUAGGCCAGACUUGAAUACAUGCUGUACUUGCUCAAGUAAUGAUCUUGUAUGGCAGAAAUUAGUUGACAAUGUAUUACUAUGAGUAUUUUGUUAUGUUAUUCUGUUUAAUUUUGUAGUUGAAGUUAGUAUUUGAACUAUAAAGAAAUGAGUAUUGCAACUUCUCUUGUAGAUAUAGCAUUAGUUAUACACUAAUAUCAGUAGUUUUGUGCAUGUGAAAUUAUUUAUGAAAGUUCUUGCUGUGGACUUGAUCUCACGUAGUAAGAAGCUUCUACCCUUGUAAUUGUUGCUGAUCCAGAGCUGUCGUCAUGGCCAUUACAACUUAACAAGGAAUUUUCAUCACCACUCUGCCUCACAUGACAGUUUUAUCCUCAAGUACCGACUGUUGAAGAAAAUUACUGGGUGUCUCUUUACAUGAUGAAAUACACAACACGUACUGAAGAAAGUACGGUGGGGGGGGGCAUUAAUAUUUGCCGGGAUAUUUUUGUGAAAUAGUGUGCUCAGUCUUCACCACAAAAAAAUGUCCCCAAAAGAAUUCAUGAUCCCUAAAGGGGGCACGGGUGGCCCAGUCGUCUAAGGCGCCGCGAUUCGCUGUGCAGAGUUGCGUCCCUUGGGCACGCCAGAAACCUAUGAUUGUGGGUUCGAAUCCCGGUUCACCCCGAUUACAAUUCUAGGUUUGUCAGCACCAUACCCAUGCUCGUGGGUUUCACCGAAGUGGUAAACGUCUGAGACCUUCAUCACUUCGAGCUUUCCUCCCUCAUUAAGCUGACACGCCACAAUAUAACUGGAAUAUUGUUAAAAGCGGCGUUAAACCCAACUCACUCACUCAUGAUCCCUAACUUUCUGUGUCCUGUAUCAGUGUGUAAAAUUCCCCAGUCAGACGAGGGGACUGGCAACAUUGCAAAUACCUGACCAGAUAAAAUGUUUGCAGUCCAUAAUAUUCUGGGAUAACGAACAAAAGUAACAAGAGAGUAAACAUAAGAAUAGUACUGUUUACUGUUAGUUCUCAGAAAAUAUCAAUAAACUGGUGGAUUGUCAACUUAGUAACUUUAACCCUCAACCAACGGGCGUGCAACUUUCCAAAACUAACCGUCCAUCAGCAAAAUUGACUGUCUUGGACUGUAGGGCAGGGGGACAUUUUAAACAGGCAGUAUACAUAGUUUUACCAAUUAUUCAUGCUUGCAGGGAAUCAGCGGACAGUCACUGUACACACAUUUGCCUGAAACAGGUUGUAUGAAACGAAAGAAACUGAAAACAUAUAGAAUAAUGAAUUAUGUUUUUAUGCAAUAUUGAAAUAUAUAAAAAAAUAUAUGGAUGAAUAUCAAAUAAUUAAUUUAUUACGGCCUAACAUACCAGAUAGCGGUAGGAUAGCUUGAAUUGUCAACCUCAGAAGAGACAUCAUGGCCUAUUUUUGGGGAUGAGAGGAUGUCCUGUACUGGACAGCUCAGCAUAUGUUACAGGGUACUCCCCUUCUCCCUCCUCCCUCCCUCCCUCCCUCCCUAUAUAUAUAUAUUCACACAGGCACACAGGAGCGCGGGCACACACACACACACACGAAGAGCAAUGGUUUACGGUAUUGGCUGACGUUAUUUUCUAUGCCUAGGUUUGUGGUGUUAAGAACUUGGCCGACAUUUGCACAGUAGUUGUUGCUUGACUGCCAGAUAUGCCUAGCACUUGUAAACACCACAAUAGGAGAAUGAGCCUAAGCUCCUUUAUUUUGGUAAAUACUAGCUUUAAGACGAUUAAGCUAUUUCUUACAAUUCAAGAUUUAUCUCUGUGUAUCAUUUUGGACCAAAUAAAUUUGAAAUAACCAUUACAAUUACUGUCAUGGACAGAUUUUUCAGAUUUUUCACUUCAUUUACUCAGUAAGUUUCAUGUUUGCAUACCAUUGUCAUAUUGAUUUGACUUUCAGAUGAAUCGUAAGAGGUACCUCCCCAUUGAUAUUAUCCUGACUAUUCUGCCUGCUUGUCAAUACUUGACUCGGCUGUAUGAUGUUUUAUGCAUGUAUAUUUCAGCGCAUGUAUGGCCUUUGUUGGUAUGUGUACAGUUACCAUGGAAACAGCUGCCAUGUUGUGUACAGUUCUCCUUUGUUGUGAUGCUUUCUCCUAACAACUAUACAUACCAAGUACAUACCAAGUAUUGUUUAUGUUGGAAAAGAACGUCUUGGAUGACCUUUGAGUUAGUUGUGUAUAUUUAAGCAGGACUUGUUUGAAAAUGUAUACAUAUUUCAUGUAAAUUGCACUUAAAUUGUAUGGUAAAAUAUUGACGAAUGAUAAUUUGUAAAAUAAAACAUAAACUUGUGAAUAA